CUGUUAUUAUAUUUUAACAUUCACGCGGCUGAGGGCAUGUCAUUGUGUAGCUUCCCAGCUCGGGACGGUAGCAACAGCAGUUCCACGGCUACUGCCGCUUUAACGUUAGCCGAAGAAUAAAAGUGCUAAGUCACAGUGCAAGAUGACGUCACGAGAGACGCGACCACUCACGCACCUUCACGCACUCAUCUCGAGCAGUGUAUACAGAGUAUAGGCGUGUGACAGCUCGGAGCACGUGACCUCACACACGCUGGGGAGGAGCCUUGAGGCAUACCGGCGGGAUACAUAGGGGUGUAGCUGGCUGCCUAGUGAGUCUCACCCUCCCGAGCGUAAGAAGGAAGAACAGAAGAAAGCAGCGUAGCCGCCAUGGGUCUGCUGUCACAUGGGUCUCCUCUUAGCUGGGAAGAGACCAAGAAAUACGCCGACCAUGUCCGGCAACACGGCAUCAUCCAGUUCCUGCACAUCUACCACAAGUUGAAAGAGCGGCAAAAGGACGUGCUGAAAUGGGGAGACGAGGUGGAGUACAUGCUGGUAUCUUUCGACCAUUCUAAUAAAAAAGCUCGUUUGCUUCUUAAAGGAGGAGAGAUACUCGACACUCUUCAAAACAGAGGUGAAAAAAUAAAUCCAAAUCAUCCAACCCUUUGGAGGCCUGAAUAUGGGAGUUACAUGAUUGAAGGGACUCCUGGACAACCUUAUGGCGGAACCAUGUCUGAGUUUAACACCGUGGAAGACAAUAUGAGAAAACGGCGCCAAGAAGCAACAUCUUUGCUGUUAGAAAAUAAUUCUCUUUGCAGCAUUACCACCUUCCCACGAUUGGGAUGUCCAGGGUUCACUAUGCCUGAGUUUCCACCAACACCCGUGGAACAGGGUGCCUCCAAAUCUCUAUUCUUUCCAGAUCAGGCUAUCAAUAAACAUCCCAGGUUUAGUACAUUGACUAGAAAUAUUCGACACAGACGGGGUGAAAAAGUUGCCAUUAAUGUACCAAUUUUUAAAGACCAAAACACACCAUCUCCAUUUAUUGAAAGGUUUCCAAAUGUCAGUGACAGUGAAGCAGUAGCUGCUAAACCAGACCACAUCUACAUGGAUGCUAUGGGAUUUGGCAUGGGGAACUGCUGCCUUCAGGUAACAUUCCAGGCCUGCAGCAUUUCUGAAGCCAGGUAUCUUUAUGACCAGCUAGCUACAAUAUGUCCUAUUAUGAUGGCUCUGAGUGCAGCAGCUCCAUUUUACAGAGGAUAUGUGUCUGAUAUAGACUGCCGCUGGGGAGUGAUCUCUGCAUCAGUAGAUGAUCGUACCAAAGAAGAAAGAGGGUUGGAACCUUUAAAAAAUAACAAAUACAGAAUCAGUAAAUCUCGAUAUGAUUCCAUAGACAGUUAUUUGUCUAAAUGUGGAGAGAAAUACAAUGACAUUGAGUUGACCAUCGAUAAAGAAAUCUACACUCAGUUAAUAACAGAAGGGAUUGAUCACCUGUUAGCGCAGCACAUUGCACAUCUCUUUAUUAGAGAUCCUUUAACAUUGUUUGAGGAAAAUAUACAUCUAGAUGAUGCCAAUGAAUCUGACCAUUUUGAGAACAUUCAAUCAACAAACUGGCAGACUAUGAGGUUUAAACCUCCCCCACCAAAUUCUGACAUUGGAUGGAGGGUAGAGUUUCGUCCAGUGGAGGUCCAAUUGACAGACUUUGAAAACUCUGCAUAUGUUGUAUUUGUGGUGCUGCUUACCAGAGUAAUUCUGUCCUACAAACUGGAUUUUCUCAUUCCUUUGUCAAAGGUUGAUGAGAACAUGAAGAUGGCGCAGAAACGAGAUGCGGUGCGACAAGGAAUGUUUUACUUCAGGAAAGAUAUCUCAAAAGCUGGAAUUGCAGUUGUUGAUGGCUGUUGUUCUACACAAAACGGAAUGGAAAGUGACCCAGAAGAAUGCACAUUGAUGAGCAUUGAUACAAUAAUCAAUGGAAAGGAAGGUGUUUUUCCAGGCUUAAUUCCAAUACUUAAUUCAUACCUUGAAAAUAUGGAGGUGGAUGUUGAUACGCGCUGCACCAUCUUGAAUUAUCUUAAACUCAUUAAAAAAAGAGCUUCAGGUGAGUUAAUGACUUGCGCAAGAUGGAUGAGAGAGUUUGUUACAAGCCACCCAGAGUACAAGAAGGACAGUGUCAUUACUGACAAAAUCAAUUAUGAUCUACUGGUGAAAUGUAACCAAAUUGCAAAUGACCAGACUGCCUGCCCAGAGCUUCUUGGGGUUACAGUGAAUAAAUCCAAGCCAAUUGGCAGUCAGUCUGUUCUUGUAUGAUGUGUAGUUCACAGCUCAACAAUGUAGCUCAAGCAUAAGAAACGUUUCGGUGUGAUGACCAAACGCUACACUAAAAUUUCAUGCAGUAGUAAUAGCUUCUCCAAUGAGCCUGUUCCUGUUUAAUGUUUAUACAGUGGAUCUGUAUAUAGUCAAAUAUUUUUAUGGCUAACAUUGUAUAUGCUACCAACAGUGUAUGACUUCACUGUAAAUAUAUAUAUAUAUAUAUAUAUAUAUUAUAUAUAUAUAUAUAUAUAUAUAUUAUAUAUAUAUAUAUAUAUAUAUAUAUAUAUAUAUAUAUAUAUAUAUAAAUAUAAAAUAAUGUUCAUUGGUCUGUUUGGUACCACUUUUUAACCUUUUUAUUUUUCAUGUAUCAAUUGUUACUGAAUGUAUGCCAUAAUUCAUGUUCAAUACCUGUUCAUUCAAGUACCAGUACACUUGAUCUGGAAGAAGAGUGCAGUCUGUGUGUAUUUUCCAGAUAUUUGACAUAGCACGCCUGGUUGUUGCUUGCUCUAUGCUCUAUAUGGAGCAUUCAUUGUACAUGACUGUGUGCAGAUUUAGACUCAUUGUGCCGGAGCACAAGAGGGAGCCCAUGUCCUGAGCAUUCCAUUUGUCCCACAGCAUUUAAUUUGUGCAGUCUGGUUUCUCUCAUCAUAUACCCUACAUUCUAUUUUAAUACAUGCUGCUCUGUAACUUCAAAUAUGUGCAAAAUUCCAAACUUUAAGCAAAACUACAACUGUAAACUGUGAUAGAUAAUAUAUUCUAAACUGCUAUGGAUAUUUGUAAUUUAUAAUAUAUUGUGGGCAUUUCUACCUAAAAUCCUGUUCUACUGGAAACCUCACUGGCCUUAAAUAUUUAUGCAGAAUGUAAAAGAGCUAUGUCCUAUGUAAAUAUUGCUUGUAACAAUGCAACUUAUCGGUUCUGAAUGAAUCCACAUGAAUGCAGCUUCCAGAGUGAGAUUGUUUUUUUUCCAUUUCAUAUUGGGACUUUCUGAUAAAAGAUCCACCCAUCUGUUCCAGAGUUCUGGGGUGCAGGAAUACUUACCUUUUACAAUUCUCACUUGUUUUUGCCACCUGAGGAUGCCAAAUUAGUCAUUCAACACUGUUUUGAUCUGGAUGUACAUUUAAUGAAAAAAAAGAGCUGGUACAGAAUAUAUUGGGAUAAAAUAAAAUCUGAAUUCAAAUUUUAAA